UUUGCCUGAGAGAAAAUGCAUGGCUUAGCAACUGCAGAAGACGGUCACGGGAAUUUGGACCUGUGCCGGGGGUUUAAGAAGCUGUUAAAGGGUCAAGAGAUACAGGGCCCGUGCCUGAAUGAGACUGUCACACAAGAGGCAACUCAACAAGGUGCCUUAGAUGAGGAUGAGAGUGACAGUGAAGGGGCUGAAUUGGGAGGGUCCACCAUUGUGACGCCUAGUGGUGAGACCCUUUCCUCCAAUGAAAGACACCAGCUACGCCACCGCGAACUCUUCCUUUCCCGUCAGAUAGAAACCCUUCCUGCAACACACAUACGCGGCAAAUGCACAGUCACAUUACUCAACGAAACAGAAUUAUUAUUGGCCUAUCUCAAUAAAGACGAUACAUUCUUCUACUCUUUGGUAUACGACCCUCAGCAGAAAACGUUAUUAGCAGAUAAAGGUGAAAUUAGGGUUGGUUCAAGAUAUCAAGCAGACAUUACAUCAUUAUUAAAAGAAGGUGAAGGUGAUGGGCGUAAUUUGGAAGAAUUGGAAAGUUUGAUAUGGACCCCGGGGCACGGCCUAACAGAUAGACAAAUAGACCAAUUUCUUGUAAUGUCACGAUCAGUAGGCACUUUUGCGCGUGCGCUAGACUGCUCAUCCUCAGUCAAGCAGCCAUCACUACACAUGAGUGCAGCAGCUGCUUCUAGAGAUGUCACGUUGUUUCACGCAAUGGACACCCUUCACAAGCACAGUUACGACAUCAGCAGAGCACUUUGUUCUCUAAUACCUGCUACUGGGCCAGUACUAUGUCGAGAUGAGAUGGAAGAAUGGUCGGCGUCUGAAGCCAAUUUGUUUGAGGAAGCCCUUGAAAAAUAUGGAAAGGAUUUUAAUGAUAUCAGACAAGAUUUUCUACCGUGGAAGACCUUAAAGAAUAUAAUAGAGUAUUACUACAUGUGGAAAACGACUGAUAGAUAUGUACAGCAGAAGAGAGUAAAAGCGGUGGAGGCAGAGUCUAAGCUAAAGCAGGUCUACAUUCCUAAUUACAACAAACCCAAUCCAGCAGCUCUAUCCAAUGGAAAGACGCCAUCUAUGGUGAAUGGUGCAGAUAUCACUGUCUCGGGGAAGGCUUGCGAGUCAUGUCACGCAACAAAUAGUAGCCAGUGGUAUGCCUGGGGCCCUUCCCAUCUACAGUGUCGCCUCUGUCACUCAUGCUGGCAAUACUGGAAGAAAUUUGGUGGCCUCAAACUUCCUUCGCGAAUUGGAAAAGAAGAAGAUGGCAGUUUGAUAUACACCCCAAUACCCAACAAGGAGCUUCCUGUGGUGAACAAUACCUCCCCGAGUCUUCUAAAACGUCGGGCUUAUGAAGAAACCAAUGGCAUGGACGAGGGCGAAUUGGAAGAAGGAAUCCCACCAGCAAAGCGGCAGAAGGAUUUAGAGGCGUUGGACUCGUUACAUCUGAAUCAACUAGGAGUUAUCCCUCCUCCUGGGCUGACUGUUACACCAGUGGGGGUGAAUGGGGGUCCUGGAGUGCCUCCCCCAGGAGUCCCAACGCCCCCACUGGCUGGAGUUCCCAACCUGGGAGCCCCAAGCACGCCCGGGAGAGCCAAGAUCGCCACAGUAUCUCGCGUAGGAGGUCGCCCUCGGAUCAUCUCCUGGAUGGAUGCCCCUGAUGAUGUCUACUUCUAUGCUACUGAUACCACUAAGAAAUUGCGCAAAAGUUUAACAACCAAUGACCUGAAGCGGGCUGCCCGACGACCUUGGAAAAAGAUUCAGGAGAAAGAUCUCUCUCCUUCUACGCCUACGCCCACGACUACACCCAUUACACACAUCACCAGUGAUUGAUCCGAACAGAAAGGCAAGAAAAUCAGGACCCGAUUCCACUCCCCAACCCCAUGAGCCAAUCAGCUGAGCGACAAUACAUUCCCUGUUGGGGUGCUUGGGAUCAUUUGUGGACGCUCUAAUGUGGCUGGUGUGCUGCAUCACAUUGGAUAAUGACUUGUGUGCACAAGACGAACACUAAAAAGUGUAGUGUGAUGUAUCAGUGUGUGGCUCACUGGUUUGUGUUGCUGUGGUGGAAAUUAUUCCAGAGAGGACACUCCAACUCUCUCGCUCCCCAGUUUGUGUUAGAUUCCGGUACUGUGUAUAGAAACAGUGGCACGAUGAGAUCCCUAUAGGGGCUUAAUGCCCGGACUGGGAAUGUUAACGCGAACUACAACUGGAUGCAAAGUAAACUAAAAAGUCAAAAGCCAUUUUCUAGGCCCAUGGUUUGUCUUCAUUAAAUAAAAGGUUUCAGUAAUGCGAGGAGUUUGGUGUUUGCUACAAUUACCUUUUCCUCUUUCAGUCUUGUGGUACUGCAAAAUGGAACUUCUACUACUAGAAGAAUCAAAGUUCAAAGCCCUCUUAUAUGUGUUAUGAGAGGAAUUUUGUGUGAGUGGAAGCUUAGAGGCUGAUGCAAGAUGGUGGAUCUGUAGACUAGUUCUCUAGGUUGACUCACAGCUAGAUGAAAGUAUGAAUCCAUGAGGAGUACCUGAGGAAAAGAGCAACAUCCAAGAUGUUUCAUUGACAAAAUGAUCUGACUGGCUUAUUGAGGUGAUAGAUGUCAUGGCUGAAGAACAGUGUUUGCUGAAUCAUUGCCAAUCUUCAAGAAUGUUAAUAAGGGAAAGUACAUAAAGUGUGAUAAAAUCAAUAAAAACUUCUAUAGAAAAAUUUAAUUUGUAUAGAAAGUUUGAUUUUUACCAAAAGAUAAUGCUGUGUGCAGAAAUAAAGUGAGGGGGAAAUCGAUUGCUGCCUAAAUAGGUCAGUAAAUCUUGAAUACCACUAAAAGUUCAAACUGAAAAAUAACAAUAACUAUUCAGCACCCACACUAUUUUUUAUUCAGAUUUUUUGUGUACAUAUGGUUGCCGCAUGUUCAUCAUGAAAUUUACAGUGAUUCGUAGUGAUAUUAGUGAUAAUUUGUGUACUUUGUAUUUUGUCCAAUUGAAGAUUUUUCUGCACCAGUAUCAAGUUUUGGACUGGGUAUAAGACUUCCACCAGCGCUGUGUCGUAAUCACUCCACACCUUUUCCAAGGUUCCAGAAUGACCUUUGGCAGUGUAGUACUUAUUGUGCCAAGAGUUCCUGCCUGUUAUCUGUGAAGAUGGCUAGAACUCCUGUCGAGGGUCAGUCUCCCUUACAAUCCAUCUUUUUACUGUAGUCUAUACAAGCACAGAUCAGUUUACUUUUCUUCAACUCCCAUUAUCUCUAUUUUUCACAGGUAUUUAUUAUGUUACAGUAACAGCAGAAUUCUUACUAUUUUUAACGCAGAAUUUGUAAGAGAAAACAGGUUCUAAUGCAUUCGGAAGAUUAUAGUCAAAGCUGCUCUUCAUCCACUGAUGUGUGGCCUUCCCACCCCUGCAUCAAAUUAUAAGAAAAUGGUCAAAAUAUCACCUAUCAUUUAUUCACCAAUUUUUGUUUUGUUAAUUUGUUGAUGUGAUAACUGUACAUAUACACAUUUCUAUGUCUUGCUGGGUAUAUAUUAUGCUGCUAUAUUCUCAGUAUGUAUCUGCAAAAGAGCUAUUAUGUAUAAUUAUAUGAAUCACUAAUUCUAGUCUGUUGAUUAUAUAAUUUAUCUUUAAUGUAAGAAAAAUAAUCUCUACAAUUUUAAUUGAAAAAAGUAUUUUUUUAUAGUAAUUAACAAUAUAACUAAGUCUAUAGCAGCAGUGUUACCCAAAUCUGUCCUAAAUUUGUCCUAUGGGCAAGUGAUGCUAAGGGCCAGACCUCGAGUCCAGCAGAGGGAUUGUCAUGGAUGCAAAAUCAUGAGACACUCAUCAGAUUUUUGUAUGGAUAUGCUAAUUUUUUCUGUACUUAGUUCAUUCAUUCAUUCAGCCCUCUACAAUACAUAGAUAGACUUUGUAA